AUGUCCGCCGUGGCGAAAACUUCCAAGUAUACCUACCGCAGCAGCGGCGGCGGCACCACCGACGUUAACAUCGAGUAUAGCGCCGACCUGAGUGCUCUCUCCAGGCUGGAGGACAAGAUACGUCUCAUCCAUGAUGACCUGGAAUCCGAAAGGGAGCUACGUCAGAGGAUUGAAAGAGAGAAGGCGGACUUAAGCGUGCAAGUUAUCCAGCUCUCGGAGAGGCUAGAGGAGGCUGAAGGUGGAGCUGAGAGUCAGUUCGAGAUCAACAGAAAACGAGACACGGAGCUAACCAAGCUUCGUAAGCUUCUAGAAGAUGUUCAUCUCGAAUCUGAGGAAACAGCCCAUUUACUCAAGAAGAAGCACCAGGAAAUCGUUGUCGACUUCCAGGAACAGAUUGACAAACUUACACACAGCAAAAGCAGGGCCGAGAAAGAGAAGUCUAAGUUCCAGGCUGAAGUAUACGAGCUCUUGGCCCAAGUGGAGAACAUAACCAAGGAAAAGAUCACAAUCUCUAAGACAUGUGAAAGGCUGGAAAUCACCGUCAGCGAACUUCAUGUAAGAAUUGAAGAACUUAACCGCACCAUUGUGGACAUUACGUCGCACAAGCAGCGCCUGUCUCAGGAGAACGUUGAGCUCGUCAAGGAAGUUCAGGACCUUAAGGUGAACAUCGAAAACGUACUGUACCUUAAGAGCCAGGUUAUCAGCCAGCUCGAGGACGCGCGUCGCAGGCUCGAAGAUGAUGAGAGAAGGCGCUCUAUUCUUGAAGCCAACCUUCACCAAGUUGAAAUCGACUUGGAAUCCGUCCGCGUCCAACUAGAAGAGGAGUCUGAGGCUCGUUUGGACCUUGAACGUCAGCUUGUGAAGGCCAGUGGCGAAGUACAGCACUGGAGAUCUAAGUUUGAGGCUGAGGCUGCUGCCAGAGCCGAAGAGAUUGAAGAGAUCCGUCGCAAGUACUCCAUCCGCAUCCAGGAGCAAGAAGAACAAAUCGAAACUCUCAUUGCCAAGAUCAGCAGCGUUGAGAAGCAGAAAUCUCGUCUACAGAGUGAGGUUGAAGUGCUCAUAAUCGACUUGGAGAAGGCCAACGGAACUGCCCGGGAGUUACAAAAGAGAACUGACCAACUUGAGCGUGUGAAUAUCGAGAUCAAGUCCAGGCUAGAAGAGACAGUACAGUUGUACGAGCAGAGCCAGCGAGACCUCCGCAUCAAGCAGACUGAGAUUCAACGCAUCAGCCACGAGCUAGACAAGACCCGCGAACAGAAAGAUUCUCUUGGUCGCGAGAACAAGAAGCUGGGUGAUGAAUUGCACGACGCCCGCGCCACUGUUACGGAGUUGACCCGCCGUCUUCACGAGCUCGAGAUCGAGCUGCGCCGUCUUGAGAACGAGCGAGAGGAACUCACCGCUGCAUACAAGGAGGCUGAGGCUGGCCGUAAAGCUGAAGAGCAACGGGCCCAAAGGUUGGCCUCUGAUCUUGGCCAAUUCCGCCAUGAGGCUGAGCGCCGCCUCCAGGAGAAGGAUGAGGAAAUCGAAUCCAUUCGCAAGCAGACCAGCAUUGAGAUUGAACAGCUGAACGCUCGUGUCGUUGAAGCUGAAACCAAGCUCAAGACCGAGGUCAUCCGUAUCAAGAAGAAGCUGCAGAUCCAGAUCACUGAACUAGAACUGUCUCUUGAUGUUGCCAACAAGACCAACAUUGAUCUGCAGAAGACCAUCAAGAAACAAUCUCUGCAGCUGACUGAGAUCCAGACCCACUAUGACGAGAUUCAAAGGCAGUUGCAAGUCACUCUUGACCAAUACGGUGUUGCUCAACGUAGAAUUCAAUCUCUUACUGGUGAGGUCGAAGAAAUCCGUGGCAAUUACGAACAGGCUCUUCGUGCUAAGCGCACUGUAGAACAAUCCUUUGAAGAAGCCCAGACACGCAUCAACGAAUUGACUGUCAUCAACGUCAACCUGUCUAGCAGCAGAGCCAAGAUUGAGCAAGAAUUGGCCGUUGUUGCCGCUGACUACGAUGAAAUCACCAAGGAGUUGCGUAUUGCUGAUGAACGUUACCAGCGUGUGCAGACCGAGCUGAAGCACACCGUUGAGCACUUGCACGAAGAGCAAGAGAGAAUCGUGAAGAUCGAGACUAUCAAGAAGUCUCUUGAAAUUGAAGUCAAGAACAUUUCCGUUCGCUUGGAAGAAGUUGAAGCUAAUGCCAUUGUCGGUGGCAAGCGCAUCAUCAGCAAGCUGGAGGCUCGCCUCAAGGAUAUGGAACUUGAACUGGAUGAGGAGAAGAGGAGACACGCCGAGACCAUCAAAAUUCUGCGCAAGAAGGAACGUCAAGUCAAGGAGAUCAUGAUCCAAUGUGAAGAAGACCAGAAGAACAUCACUCUCCUUCAAGACUCUCUGGAGAAAUGCAGCCAGAAGGUCAACAUCUACAAGAGGCAGUUGACUGAACAGGAGGGUAUGUCUCAACAGAGUGUCACAAGGGUCCGACGAUUCCAGCGUGAACUUGAAGCCGCUGAAGACCGUGCUGACACUGCUGAGAGCAACCUCUCUCUCAUCCGCGCCAAGCACCGCACCUUUGUUACCACCUCCACCGUACCUGGCUCACAAGUUUACUUAGUGCAAGAGUCGCGCGCACUCAGCACAGAGUGA